CCUCUCUCUCUCUCUCACACACACACGCAUACACACACAUAUCCGAAUUGAUAUUCGAUAUUGUCCAUUGCGUUUUGGAGCUAUAGCCCUAUAUAUAUAAGUUCCAGGUCCAAUACAUGCCAUGCAAAUGACCUAACACCAACAACAACGAAAGGUUUGCAAUGAGUCCAAACUAGUACGUUUUCAAAUCACAGAGACACACAACACACACCGAACGUACAUCAAGUCCUAUCCGGCCAAGCGUCAUUAUUUUCCUUCCUCUCUCUCUUUUGACACCCAACCAAUCUGUCUCUUGUUUCCCUUGUUCAUUUUUCUUCAACCUCUUGAUCUGUUGCUUCUUCUUCCAUCUUCGUCUUUUUCUUUAGCGGUCGAUCAUCACAGCACCAUGGUUUCUGCAGAUGCUGCUCGGACUGUGGUCGGUAUCAUAGGGAACCUCAUCUCAUUAUUUUUGUUCUUGUCGCCGGUUCCAACGUUUGUUAAAAUAUGGAAGAAAGGGUCAGUGGAGCAAUACUCUCCAGUCCCCUACCUUGCAACCCUAAUCAACUGCAUGGCGUGGACCUUAUACGGGUUACCCAUCGUGCACCCGAAUAGCACUCUGGUCUGGACCAUAAACGGGUCGGGUACGAUCAUCGAAGUCGUCUACAUCAUCCUCUUCUUCAUUUAUUCCGACAAGAAAAAGAGGCUCAUGGUGGUUCUGGUUGUGGCCUUGGAGAUCAUUUUCAUUGGUGUUCUUACCCUUCUGGUUCUCACUUUGGCUCACACUCAUACCAAGAGGUCCUUGAUUGUGGGCAUCGUAUCCAUUGCCUUCAACAUCAUGAUGUAUGCUUCACCAUUGACUGUCAUGAAAUUAGUGAUCACAACAAAAAGUGUGGAGUACAUGCCAUUUUUUCUCUCGUUUGCUUCCUUUGCCAAUGGCGUUGCCUGGACUGCAUACGCUCUCAUCCGUUUUGACCCCUUCAUCACGAUUCCUAAUGGCUUGGGCACAGUUUUUAGUUUAGCUCAGCUGAUUCUGUAUGCUACAUACUACAAGUCAACUCAGCGGCAGAUAGCAGAAAGGAAAGGCAGGGAGGUGAACUUGUCAGAGGUAACCAUAGACGACGACCCCAAAAAGACUGCCAGCCGUGCUACUCAUAAUGGCCACGCAUAACUUGAUCACCAACUCCGGCAUCGAUCUCCGGCGUCCAGAGCAGUGGACAUCUAUGACCAAAAAAGAAGUUUUAAUUAAGAGUCCCUUUUUUUUUUCCCUUGCAUGCAUCGGAGGACGAUGAAGUGAUGUUAAUCGAAUCUGGUAUUUGUAUUUUGGGUCAUAUCUUAGCAUAAGCGAUACACGUCUAUACUUAGACGUGUGUUGUUAUCUCAAUGAGAGAUGUGAAUUAGUAGUGAAAUAGAAAUGAUACAAACAAGUUCUUAUGUUCACCCUAGUGAUAAUUAUGUUUUCCCACAAAUAGGUGACGUUGUACUUAUGAUCAAGGCAUAAGCCUUUUCAAAUUUGCAGCUGUAUGAAUAUGCAUUUGUGACCAAAUAACCAUCUACUACUGCUCAAAUUUCUUCUUUUC